CACAAGUUAACAAGGUGGCUAAUAGCCAGCAAUCUGAAUCUAAUGGACUUUCUUUGAAACGCUUAUUAGUGUGGACUCAAGAGUCCUUGUUAAAAUUACGGAUGAUGUCUGUGUUGGUGGAUUGUUGUAAACAAGCACGGGGUGGGGCCCUCGUAUCAACGAUCUAUAAUUAUACAAACCAUGGUGAUCCAUUUAUUCAACAGUUUAUUAAUAAUAUGCUUGAAGAGGUCUCUAGACCGUUCUUUGAAAUGCUUCAACGCUGGGUUUAUGGUGGUGAACUGGAAGACCCUUUUGAAGAAUUUUUUGUUGCUUGUGAUCCAAAUGUUGAAGAAGAAGAUCUGUGGCAGUCAAAAUAUACCAUUCGUCCAGACAUGCAACCAACUUUCAUUAGUUCUUUACUUGCCAAGAAAAUAUUUGCUAUAGGAAAAUCACUCAACUUCAUUCGAUAUAGUUGUCAUGAUAAUGAUUGGGUAGUAACAAAUGCAGGAGCAGAUAAGGUGUUAAAAUAUGGUGAUAUUAUAGCACUAGAGAGUUCUAUAGAUGCAACUUAUACCGCCACAAGCCAGAGACUUCUAAAUAUUUUAUUCACGAAAUAUAAACUUAAAGAACACCUUACUGCCUUGAAACGCUAUUUGUUACUUGGUCAAGGUGAUUUCAUACAACAUUUAAUGGCCCAACUUGGACCAGGCCUUUCAAAACUUGCAAAUACGCUUUUUCGUCAUAAUCUUACUGGUACUUUGGAGGCUGCUAUUCGCGCAUCUAAUGCACAAUAUGACGAUCCUGACAUUCUUCGUCGAUUAGAUGUUAGACUUCUUGAGUCGUCUUCCGGAGAAGCUGGUUGGGAUGUAUUCAGUUUGGAUUAUCAUGUUGAUUCACCUAUAAAUACAAUUUUUACUCCACAUGCAAUGCAACAAUAUCUCCAAUUAUUCAAUUUCUUAUGGCGUUUAAAACGAGUUGAACAUGAUUUAUCAUCUGCUUGGCGUCGUAACAUGACUAACGCGAGAAGCUUGUAUCAAAUCGAAGAGUUGAAGAAAGAUGUUAAUGCAAGUAGAUUAAUUUGUAGUGAAAUGAUACACUUUUUGUGUCAGUUGCAGUAUUACAUAUUGUUUGAGGUCAUCGAAUGUUCAUGGGAUGAACUUGUUACUGACAUAAAUACAAAGUCAGGAGACUUGGAUUCACUUAUUGAAGCUCAUAAUAAAUAUUUAACAAACGUCACUACGAAAGUUUUUUUGGGUACUUCAAAUAAUCAAGUUAUUGAAUAUCAUUCAAUUUAUAUUGAAAUACAAGAAUGGUUUGAAAUUUUACGCAGGGACAAUGAAUCUGGGCAACAUCAAGGUAUUUUAGGAAAUAUGGCUGAAGGCGUUGGCAAAUCACGAAGUCAAAGCGCAUUGGAAAGUUUAAGAACAAUUCAAGAGAAUUUGACUGAAGUUGCUAGUCUUUUUAAACACGAAGUAGUUAAUUUAUUAAUUGCUUUGGCUAAUCAUCAUGACACAGAUUUGAGAUUUCUUAGUGUUCGCCUUGAUUUUAACGAAUUUUAUCGUAAACUAGAAAAUGAGAACCGUUAA